UGUACGUUUAUAGUAGUUCCAGCAAGCCUGGCAUUCAGGUGCUGUGGCAUUCUUUACCUGUAGGAAAUAAGGAACAGCUCCUCAGAUGCAAGAAUCAGUCUUAUUGGAGUUAUGAUACUGCGAGCGGUUGGCACAUGCAAGAAAGGGGUGGUUCCUCUAAACAGCUGCAGCUGAGCGGAGAACAGGGAAGCGCGGAGUUUCCGCGGUGUUGUCCGCGGCUUUUAAAAAGAAAGCUAAAACAUUACACAACCGUCCUCCGUCCGCGUCCACUGCAGACGCGAGUAAUGGUGAUGAGACAAAGCAACAACAUUCCGGCGACCGACAACGCCUGACAGAAUCCAAAUAACGACCGGGUUGUUACAGAAAUUUAAAGGAGUGCACUGCAAUUAUAGGAGACCUUGUCUAGCCCUGCCAUUUUCGCGACAGCAUAACACUUCGCUAUGGACCGGACCUGGAUUCUGUUCUUGCAGUCGCUACUCUGGACUGUCCUACCCCGCACCGACGGUGUCCCGCUGCCGCGGGAUCCCAAAACAGCUCUGGAUGAGUACGUCAACGCCUUCGACCCGCACUACUCCUACACAGUGCUCGAUAACCUGACCCGGAGGGACAAGGAUUUCACCACAUACGUGCUCAACAUGACGUCUCUGAAGUGGCUGAACGAGUCUCUGGUGGACCGGCCUGUGUGGUGGCACUAUCUGACAGUGACAGUGCCGCGCUACGUCACUCAGACGCUGCAGGACUCCGCCUUUCUGUUCGUGGACCAGGGAGACAACGGGGCCCAGCCCCCCGACCACUCCACCUACUUUCAGAAGAUCAUCGCUGCCUUCGCCGUCAGCAGCGGCACGGUAGCGGCCUGCCUGACCCAGAUCCCCAACCAGCCGCUCUCCUUCCUGCACGAUGCAGCAGGCAGGAAGUCGCGCAGCGAAGACAGCCUCAUGGCCUACACCUGGUGGCACUUCUUGACCAAUCGCAGCGACCCCUCCUGGCUCCUCCUCUUUCCAAUGACUAAGGCGUGUGUGCGGGCCAUGGACUCGGUCUCUGACGUGGUGCUGAAGGUCUCUGCAGGCCGGCAGCGCAUUAACAGGUUCAGUGUGGCGGGGGCCUCCAAGCGGGGAUGGGCUACUUGGCUGGUAGCUGCUGUGGAUCAGAGAGUGGUUUCCUUCCUGCCCAUUGUGCUGGACCUCCUCAACAUGUCGAAGAGUCUCCAUCACCAUUUCAGGGCAUAUGGAGGCUGGUCCUUUGCCUUUAGGAACUACUAUGAGCUGAACAUCACCGAGCUGCUGGACUCCCCUCAGAUGAGCCUGAUGUGCAGCCUAAUCGACCCUCUCAGCUACAGCGAGCGCUACCGAACGAAGCCCAAGCUGGUCAUCUCAACCGCGGGGGACGAGUUCUUCCUCCCUGACGACUCCCACUACUACUACCAGCAGCUGCAAGGAGAGAAACACCUCAGGGUGCUGCCCAAUGCAGAGCACUUGUGCGUGGGUCACUUGCUGAGUGUGAUCGUCUCCACUCAGUCCUUCUACCUCAGCACCAUGCUGGGCCUCCAACAACCCACAAUGCACUGGAACAGGACACAGUCAGAGGGUUCCGGAGCCAUUUACCUGUACACCGACACCCUGCCAAUCAAAGUGCUCGCAUACGAAGCUGUCACCUGGGACGCAAAGAGGAGAGAUUUCCGCUGGGCCGUGGCCUCGCCACAGCCGCCCGGCGUCCUGUUCCGCCCCGUCCCGUGGUGGUCAUCGCCCGUCAGCAGCCCGUCUCCUGGAGUGUAUAUGAAGAAGUUCUUGGAGCCCAAAGUUGGAUGGAGAGCAUUCUUCAUUGAGGCCUCCUUCCGCGGGCCGCUGGGCACAGUGCAGACCUUCACCACCGAGGUGCAGAUCAUCCCCGACACCUUUCCCUUCCCAGAAUGCAAAGCGCAGGCCUGCCACGGGACAAUAGUCUAGAGCAAACUGGUUUACAGGCCAAUAGUCCUGUGGGAAUAGUCCUGUUCGUUAAUUUACUCUGUACUCUGUGCUCUGUAAAUUAACUAAAUCAUGAAUGAGGAAAUUUGCUAGUUUAUAAAUAAUUAAAACAUGUGCAGGGUGCUGGACUAAAAAGAAAGACAAACCAACCAAAGACUUAUAAAUAUCAAAACACUCACAAAAACAAAACUGAAUUGUACAAAUGUAAGGUACUUUUGUGGCAUAAACAAAAUAUUCAUAAUAAAAUAGCUUUAUUUCCAUAAAAUAUUUGCUGGUCAUUUGCUUUUUAUGGAAGUUUGCACUGAAUAUACAGAAGGUCAGGUAGCUACCGCAGAAUCUCUUGGUUGUGCAGUGACGGCUAUAUUUAGACACAGUGAUACAACAGAAUUAGGAAUGUGUUUGGAAGAAAGCUUUUGUUUUUCAUUUCCGGUAUUUGUAAACACCUCAGAAAAAUGUGUUCAAAAUGAGCUACAGAGGUGACGGUUAGGGGUGGGUGUGCCAGUCGGUCAGUCUGUGGAGUGUUUCUGUCAUUUCCUCCAGUGUAGAAGUGUACACAGUGUAAAUCGCGUUGGAUAAAAGCUUCAGCUAAAUUACUAAUUUUAAAAACUGUUUGAGGAAAAGCUGUAAGUCAAUAAUCUUAUGUAUCUGAAUAAAAAAUAAUUUCAUAAUCAUCUUUGUUGAAUAAACAUGUUGAUAUAUUACUGAAUACAUUCAUGCUGAAAAAUACUGCAAAAAAUAAAAUGAUUUUUCACUCUAA